CCUCUUUUUGUAAAUAACAAUAACAAAAAGAAACGGAAUCAAAAGACGUACGAAACGAACCGGAAAAAGAAGCACGGCGGGCCGAUCCAUAGAGAGCUGAGAGCAGAGGACUAGGUUAUAUAACCAGCGGCAGUCGGCCGUCGGCGCCGUUCGUAUAACGCCGCCGUUCUUCGAAGUUCAAACCCACUAAAACCCUAACUCUCUGAAGAUUCGAGGUAUCUACUUCUGUGCUGCGAGAUGAAUAACUUGAAGCUAUACUCGGACCUCUCUCUGAAAAUCGAAUUACAAACGGAUGAAGAAUUCAUACAGUUUUCCGCCUUCGACAUUGAGAGGAGUCGUAUUUUCUUUCUCUCCUCCGCCAAUUUCAUAUACACUGCUCAGCUCGCUUCGUUCCAGAUUGAAAGAGUGAAGAGCGCAGCCGUGUUCCCUGAAGAAGUUCAUCAUGUUGAUGUGGAAACAGGGGACUAUGUUACGUCCUUCGAUUAUUUGAUGGAGAAAGAAGCUCUGAUAGUGGGAACUCGCAAUGGAGUUCUUUUGCUGGUUUCCAUGGAUGGCCAUGGGAGUGAAGUUGUUGGCAGGGUGGAGGGUGGUGUGAAACGCAUCUCACCUAGUCCAGAUGGUGACUUGUUAUGCGUAAUUUCUGGGCUUGGGCAGAUUUUAGUAAUGACUCAUGAUUGGGAUUUGAUGUAUGAGACCACACUCGAGGAUAUUCCUGAAGGUGAACCGAACUUUUCAGAGCAAAAUGAUUUUGAUAGUUCCAUUUCUUGGCGAGGUGAUGGGAGGUACUUUGUAACACUGUGUGAUGUAGAAAAUUCAAAUACUGCGCUCAAGAGGCUCAAGAUCUGGGAGCGAGAUGCAGGCUCCUUGCAUGCUUCAUCUGAAUCAAAAAACUUUGUGGGUGGAGCUCUGGACUGGAUGCCCAGUGGAGCGAAAAUUGCUGCUGUUUAUGAUAGGAAAAGUGAAACUGAAUGUCCUACUGUAGUAUUUUACGAAAGGAAUGGAUUAGAAAGAAGUUCUUUUUGUAUUAAUGAGCAAAUUGGUACAAAAGUUGAACUUUUAAAGUGGAAUUGCAGUUCAGAUCUUCUUGCAGCUAUUGUCAGAUGUGAAAACUAUGAUUCUGUAAAGAUCUGGUUUUUCAGCAAUAAUCAUUGGUACUUAAAGCAUGAAAUUCGGUACUCAAAGCAGGAUGUGGUUAGGUUUGUAUGGGAUCCAACAAGGCCUCUUCGGUUAUUUUGUUGGACUCUUCAUGGACGAAUUACAAUGUAUAACUUCAUAUGGAUUUCAGCUGUUGUGGAGAACUCUACAGCAUUGGUUAUUGAUGAUGGAAAGAUACUUGUGACUCCCCUUUCUAUAUCUCUCAUGCCACCUCCUCUGUAUUUAUUCAGCUUGAAAUUUUCGAGUGCUGUCCGUGAUGUGGCCUUUUACUCUAAGAAUUCUAAGAACUGUUUGGCUGCUUUUUUAUCAGAUGGCCUUUUAUGCACUGUAGAGCUUCCUGCGGCUGAUGUCUGGGAAGAACUAGAAGGAAAGGAGUUUUAUGUUGAAGCUUCAAUUUCUGAUUCAACAUUUGGCUCCUUUCAGCAUCUUGUCUGGUUGGACUUGCAUAAACUUCUUGUUGUUUCUCAUAAUGGAUUUGAGGACUAUAAUUAUAUUUCUCAAGGAUCCCCCAAUGAUGAGCCUCUUGGAUUUUGUUUAUUAGAAAUUGAUCUUGAAUGUUCUAAGAAUCAUGUUCUAGGAUUACCCACAUGUUCUGGUUGGCAUGCAAGGAUUUCUGAUCGAAAAUUUAUUGAAGGACCAGUUAUCUGUGUUGCUCCAAAUCCUGCUGAGAAUUGUACUGCGUUUGUCCAGCUUAGUGGUGGGGAAGUUCUGAAGUAUACAUCUAGGUCAGGCUUUUCUGGUGAAUUUUUCAAACAGGAGGAUAAGAGUUUUUCAUCAUCUUGUCCCUGGAUGAGUGUGGCUUUGGUGGAUAAUAAUGGGUUAUUAAAGCCCUUUCUUUUUGGACUCGAUGAUAUUGGGAGGAUUCAUUUGAAUCGGCUGGUAGUCUGCAACAAUUGCAGUGGUUUCUCUUUUUACUCAAAAUUGGGGGACCAAAUAACUACACAUUUGAUUUUAGCUACUAAACAGGAUAUGCUUUUUAUUCUUGACAUUUUGGAUGUAUUGCAUGAAAAAAUAGAAGAGAAAUACAACUUUCUCCAAGCUAGUCGCCCGGGCAGAGAAGAAGAAAAUAGAAACUUUAUCUAUAUAUGGGAAAGAAGUGCCAAAAUUGUUGGUGUUAUGCACGGUGAUGCUGCUGCUGUGAUAUUACAAACAACUCGAGGAAAUCUAGAGUGCAUAUAUCCAAGAAAGUUGGUGCUAGCAUCUAUCAUUAAUGGAUUGAUCCAAGGGCGCUUCAGAGAUGCACUUCUCAUGGUGAGGCGUCAUAGGAUAGAUUUUAAUGUCAUUGUUGAUUUCUGUGGUCUACAAGCAUUUAUCCAGUCUGCCCCAGAAUUUGUGAAGCAAGUUAAUAAUUUUAACUACAUCACUGAAUUUGUUUGUGCCAUAAAGAAUGAAAAUGUAACAGAGACACUGUAUAAAAACUUCAUAUCCCAUUCAUGUACGGAUAGCUGUAAAGUUGGAACAUUGAGCAAAUCUAAAGAUUCUCAUGUAAAGAAUAAGGUUUCUUCAGUCCUGUUGGCCAUAAGGAGGGCUGUUGAGGAGCAUAUGACUGAAAGUUCAGCAAGGGAGCUAUGCAUUUUGACUACCCUUGCACGUAGUGAUCCACCAGCACUUGAAGAAGCUUUGGAAAGGAUAAAAGUUAUUCGUGAAAUUGAACUGUUAAAUUCUGAUGACUCAAGGAGAACAUCUUAUCCUUCUGCAGAGGAAGCUCUGAAACAUCUCUUGUGGUUGGCUGAUCCCAAGGCUGUUUUUGAGACGGCUUUAGGCCUUUAUGAUUUAAAACUUGCUGCUAUUGUGGCAAUACACUCACAGCGGGAUCCAAAAGAAUUUAUCCCUUACCUCCAGGAACUAGAAAAUAUGCCAUUACUCUUAAUGUGCUAUAACAUUGACCUAAGGUUGUCAAGAUUUGAGAAAGCUCUAAAACAUAUUGUUUCAGCUGGAGAGGCUCAUUUUUCUGAUUGUAUGAACCUCAUGAAGAAAAACCCUCAGUUAUUCCCUCUGGGACUUCAAUUGAUCACAGAUAAAUCUAAGAGGAGAAUAGUCCUUGAGGCAUGGGGUGAUUAUCUUAGCGACGAGAAAAGUUUUGAGGAUGCUGCGGAAACUUAUCUCUGCUGUUCCAAUUUGGAAAAGGCUUUGAAGUCAUAUCGUGCUAGUGCUAACUGGAGUCAGGUGUUUAUAGUUGCUGGGUUGCUUAAAAUGAGAGAAGAUGAAAUAUUACAAUUGGCUCAUGAACUCUGUGAAGAGCUUCAAGCUCUUGGUAAACCAGGAGAAGCUGCUAAAAUUGCCCUGGAGUAUUGUGGGGAUAUUAACCGUGGGGUGGCUUUGUUAAUUAACGCCAGGGACUGGGAAGAGGCUUUGAGAGUCGCUUUUAUGCAUCAGAGAGAAGAUUUAGUUUCAGAACUGAAGAAUGCAUCUGCAGAAUGUGCAAGCAUGCUUAUUGGUGAAUAUGAGGAAGGGUUGGAGAAAGUAGGGAAGUAUUUAACUCGAUACUUAGCUGUUCGGCAAAGAAGAUUACUUCUUGCUGCUAAAAUCAAGUCAGAGGAAAGUUCAAUGAAUAAUCUUGAUGAUGAUACUGCAUCAGAAGCUAGCAGUAAUUUGAGUGGAAUGAGUGCUUACUCAACUGGGAGUAGAAGGAGCUCAGCUGUUUCCAUGAGCACAACUGCAGGUAGGAAGUCCAGGGAGGCAAGACGUCAGAAAAGUAGAGGAAAAAUCCGUCCAGGAAGUCCUGGCGAGGAGAUGGCUCUUGUAGAGCAUUUAAAGGGCAUGUCUCUGACUGCUGGGGCUAGGUCUGAGCUUAAAUCUUUAUUGGUUUCACUUAUGAUGCUGGGGGAGGAAGAAACUACAAAGAAGCUUCAACGGACUGCGGAGAACUUUCAAAUUUCACAAAUGGCAGCUGUAAACCUAGCAAAUGAUACUAUCUCAAGUGAUAUAAUAAAUGAACAGGCAGAUACAUUGGAAAAUUACAUACAGUUAUUGAAAAGUGAAGUCCAAAAGUUGGAAGUUUUCUCGUGGCGCUCUAAUGUAUUCCUCUCUUCAUGACUGUUUAACCAUGGGAAGAAACCUGUUUUAAAGCCUCUCUCAUCUCAAACUCGGGCAAAAGAGUAGGGUUGGCUGGUUGAUUGUGAUUUAUGAGACUGAAGGAAGAUACAAUGGUGAGCAGCAGAAUGGGAUUUGAUAGAAUUCCAACCAAUUUUUGCAGAAAUGUUUUACUUUUAGAAUCUGUAUCAGUAGCUCAUGUUCAUGAGAGAUGAUUUUAAGUGAUUACUUGAUUUGUAUUUCGAUGAUUUAUGAAAAUUUAUUUUCUGAAUUU